UGGUUAAUUCUACUCCCAUUUUGAGUCUAAGAAGAAAAAAAAACAAGUUUAGGUUUCAAGAAGAUACUAGAAAAGGAUUUUAGGAUAAUUGUUUUUGGGUGCACAAAGGCUAAACAAUCCAAUGGAAUUUUUCUACCAAGAGCAACAUGCUAAAGAGCAGCCCUAUCAUACAAGAAAAUAGCCCUGUUUUCGUUAAGUUACCAUCUGAAAAUGUUCGUUUUAUAACAUUGAAGCCAAAUAAUACAAUUAGUCUUGGUAAAUUUGGAUCCUUCUACACGAAUGAUUUAUAUGGAAAGACCUACGAUGAAACAUUUGAAAUUUACGAGCCUAAGAAAAUCCGCGUGCUGAAAACCCGUGAAGUUCAAACUCUAGAAGAAGAGAAAAAAACAAAUCAAGAAUUAAUAGAUUGCCGUGGCAAUCAGCUCAUGAGUCAAGAAGAAAUUGAUAAGCUACGAAAACAAAUCAAAGAAGGAGGGCUUCGCGGCGAAGAAGCAAUUCGUCAAUUAACCUCAAAAAGCUUAACUUUUGAUCAGAAAACUCAAUAUGCUCAAGCUAAAUAUGUCAAUCGUAAGGGAGAAAAGUACCUUCAACAGUUUCGAGCAUUGAGACCUUGCCUUGAAACCGUGACGGAGUAUAUGCUCGCUCAUGACCCUUAUAAAAUUAUGGAGCUAACAGCUGACUGUUCCACUUACAUGAUGACAUUGGGCAAUGCUCAACCCGGAGGCAGAUACCUUGUAGUCGACGAAACGGGAUGCCUCUUUUUGGGUUCCUUACUGGAACGUCUAGGUGGAGAUUCUAAAGUUACUCUUAUUCAUCCUAAUGAGCAGCCCAACAGCUCCUGCUUGGAACUUUGGGGAAAGGAAUACACAGAAGAAAGUCUCGUUGAAAAAGGGAUACUACGGACCUUGAAUUGGCUACAAGUUGUGGGCCCUGAUGAGGCUUUAAAGGAUAUGUAUAUGGAUGAUUGUUCCGAGGAACAGCUCAGCGAAAUGAAGCUUCGCCAUAGAAAGAGAUAUGAGGGUCGAAAAGCUUCCUAUGCCCGAUUACAAUCUACUCUAGAGGAUUUUGAAAAAGGAAACUUUGAUGCAUUAUUUGUUUUAAGCAAUCAUACACCAAUGUCAGUAUUAAAUCUGCUACUGCCCAAGGUAGGAUCCUCUCGCCCUGUUCUUGUUUAUUCUCCAUACCAACAAGUACUGAUCGAUACCCAUCACGAGUUGUUUAAAUGGUCUCACCCGUUUGAAAUGACAGAAAUUAAGAAUGAAGAAACAACAAAAGAUGAAUCUGCUGAAGAACAAGAGUUGCGAAUUGCACAGGAUGCAUGGAUUGAAAAACUUAUCAUGUUGGAUAUCCAUGAAAUCCGUACUCGUCCUUACCAAGUUCUUCCAGAACGUACUCAUCCAUUCAUGAGUGUUCGAGGAGACAUGGGAUAUGUUUUGUCUGGCCUCAAAGUACUUUCUUCCGUAGGCACUGUCGCUGCAGGCAGGUUUCCUAAACGGCAAAAGCAAGGUUCUGCUAACAAAAAAAAGUAAAAACAAGAAAAUAUUUGGAAUUUAGUUUGGUAUAGAAAAGUUGGGUUAUUUUUGGAAAUAGGUCAUGAUGAAUGAUCUUGGUUAUUUUGUUAGUGUCUCCAUAUAUCAAUCUUUGACACUGGAUGUAUAGAAUAUUAAUUAGAUAAAAAGAACCUUGAAAUGUCUUGCAAAAUACUAGAUGACUUAAUAACCUAGCUAUUGAAAAUGGAUCUUUAACAAGCUGGUAGUAGUAUCUUCAGUGACCAUAGAACUAAUGAACAAAAGCACAAAUCCAAUCAAAUUUGUUGCUUCAAUUGUUUGGAAAAAAUAUAUGAACAUACAAAUUCCUUA